UUUUCAGAAGGGUCCAAGCUAGACUGCUGUCGCCCUUCUCGCUGUUGGGCUAGGAGGACCUGUGAACACUGGAGGCCUGAAUUCAAGCUGACGCCACUGUCGCGACCACCGAGAAGUUCUUUUUUUGUGCUUUCAUUGUGUCAGCCUUGAAGUUAGUCGUGGAGGAGCCUCUUUCAACCUGGAAAACGGGGUUGCUCGGGCACUGCCCCUGGGAGCCGAGGGCCAGAGAUAAAAGGCCCCUCCCCAUCUUCAAAACGGUCCUGGGUUCUGAGCCUGCCAUCCAAGGAACUCAGGAGGAGGAGUUGACAGUCUCUGCAUCCCUAACCACCCUGGGACAGGACCCAGCAUGUCUCAGGCCACCAAGAGGAAGCAUGUGGUGAAGGAGGUGCUGGGAGAGCACAUGGUGCCUUCCGACCAGCAGCAAAUCGUGAGGGUACUCAGAACCCCAGGGAACAAUCUGCAUGAGGUGGAGACAGCCCAAGGGCAGCGCUUCCUGGUGAGCAUGCCCUCCAAGUACCGUAAGAACAUCUGGAUCAAGAGAGGGGACUUUCUCAUUGUUGACCCCAUUGAAGAGGGAGAAAAGGUGAAGGCUGAGAUCUCCUUUGUGCUCUGCAAGGACCAUGUGCGCUCUCUGCAGAAAGAGGGGCUCUGGCCUGAGGCCUUCUCUGAAGUGGCUAAGAAACACAACAACAACAGGAACAGACAGACUCAGCCGGAACUCCCAGCUGAGCCACAGUCAUCAGGAGAAGAGUCCAGCUCUGAAGAUGAUUCUGACCUCUUUGUUAACACCAACCGCAGACAGUAUCAUGAGAGUGAAGAGGAGAGCGAAGAGGAAGAGGCAGCCUGAGACCCUGGGACCCACUUCUGUACUUUCUCAGGGUCUAGUCCCUGGCUUUUCUAGGCUUGGACAUUCCCAGGGUGCUCUGCAGACCUUCACCCCUGGAUGGGGACAAGGCAGGGCCCCUGUCUGAACUGACCUUCUGACUUAGGAGAAUUAAACCCCUGGUGGGUGGUGACUUGUA